CGCCAUCCGGCCCGGCCAUGGCCUCCUCCCGCCUCGGGGUCCGCAUCGGGAACUGGCUGGAGGACGAGUACGCGCACCAGGAUCUCCUUAGGGAUUUCAUCCGUAAGAGAGAGCAAGGACAGCUUUUAGUACAGAGAUUAGCCAGACUUCAAGAGAAUAUUUUCAAGAGGGUAGAGCUGUCAGUAUCUUCUGAUGGAUUUGUUCACUUUGGAGACACAGUGUUGCUUAAGAACCCAGACAACAAAUCCCUGGAUUUGGAAGGGACCUCGGAGGAGAAGGACCCCGAGAUGUGUGGAGAUGUGACUCUGGCUGUUGACAUGGAAGAAGUUUCCCUGUACUCGGAUGAACCCCUGCAGAUCUCACGUGGACUUAGUGCAGUCAAGAGAGUGGACCCCAUAGGUCGAAAUACUUUCUGUAUUGUAAGUGCUGAUGGAAGUGCAGUGGGUGAACCACUUCGAUAUGGGCAAAACUUUCUUCUUGGGACAAAAGGAGGGGUUUCUGACAAACUGUUUUAUCUGGCAAGUGACCACAAAACAUUUAAAAAUUUUGCUAAAAAAUCUCGCCUUCAGAAGGUAUUUUUGACAGCUGAGGUUUCCUAUUUGGCUGUCUGGCAAGCUAAGUCCUUGGAUCCACAACUGCGACUUGAACACGAAGGAUUUCCAGUUCCUGCAGACACUAAAAUUAUUAUCACUCAUUGCUACACCAAUCGCAACUUGGCUGUUCCAAGGACCUUCUGUGUGUGGUCUUAUUUUGGAAGAGAAUUUGAAGUCAUUUGUCACAAUUAUCUGGACACCCACAAAGUUGAAGAAGAUAAGAAUCACUGGGAGAUGAUUACAGCAAAUCCUGGUCCUGAAGAUGGUACAAUGCUUGACAGACCCAAAGCUUUCCCAGAAGGGUAUAAGAAGGAAUUAGAUUCAUGAAAAGACAGAGAAUACAAAAGUCCAAGACUGCUGCCAGGAGAGGCUGAUGAGACUCUGAUUCUUGUUUCUUUCUAUUUAGAUUUUAGUUUUAGUUUUUAUUUUAAAAAUGGAAAUGAAAGUCUGCCAUUAAUACUAUUGCAUAAUCUCAUUGAUUCAUCAAGGUUAUAAUGGGCAAAAAACUCUUAAAUUUGAUAAGCAACACAUGAAAAAUUGCAAAUCAGGAAAGGCUCCUUUUCCCAUUUUCACCUUCACUGAUGACAAGAGUCGUCAGAACCCAGGUAACUGAAUAGAUUUGCAUUAAAUUACUGGCUCUUGGAGUAGUGUCACAAUUUUUAAAAGGGUGAGUGGACAGUUUCCAAACCACUGAAAACCAAACACAUGCAAAGUUAUUAUGAGAUGUUUUGACAUUUAAAGUUCAUCUGAAAGAUCUACCCUCCAUCUAGCACAACGUUGCCAAUUAUUAAAUCACAAGUGAGAUUUUUUGAUAUCAUCUUCUAAUUUAUGGAUAUAAAUUGAGGGUUUUUAUGUUUUUCCAUGUUUUUUAAACACUUUAAUAUCAGUUAAUCAGGAACUUGAGCACAGUGAUAUAGACUAGAGACUUAGAACAGCCUUUUCCAUGCAUCACCAUGUUCCAUUUACCUCUCAUCCACAGCAUUUUCCAAUCCAUAGUAAUUUCUAACAAGUUUGAGAGUAAGGUAAAAUUGUCAAAGAAAAUUGGGCACCCACAAGUUUCAUGGAAGUAAAUGCCAAAGCAGAAAACAUGUUUGCUGUAAGUUUAUCCAGUAAGAAAAAGACUGUUCCUAACUAAUUAGACAACAGAGUAGCCACACACACACAAAAAAGGCUUUUGAAGGUAGAAAUUUCAGCUGAAACUCACACUUCCUUAAAAAAAAAAACAACCAAGUAUAAAAUGCAAAGACUUGGAAAACAAAUGUCAUUACUGUAUAGAUUUACCUGUCUUUAUAUAGAAGCUGAAAAAGCAUCACAGAGAAUCUUCUACUGUAUUGCAUUCCAUUAUAUUCAUUUAGUUAAAUAUGUAUUUAU